GGCGGGCUGCCGCGAGAGCGUACACGUCAUCUCGCGAGAAGCGGGAAAAGGAACCGGAUUUGAAACAUGGCGGACGACGCGGAUCAGCAACAGACCACCAACACUGUAGAGGAGCCGCUGGAUCUCAUCAGGCUCAGUCUAGAUGAACGAAUUUAUGUGAAAAUGAGAAAUGAUCGAGAACUACGAGGAAGAUUGCAUGCUUAUGAUCAGCAUUUAAACAUGAUUUUGGGAGAUGUAGAAGAGACUGUGACAACUAUAGAAAUUGAUGAAGAAACUUAUGAGGAGAUCUAUAAAUCAACCAAGAGGAACAUUCCAAUGCUGUUUGUUCGAGGUGAUGGGGUUGUAUUAGUCGCCCCUCCGUUGAGAGUUGGCUGAAAGCAAGACUCUAUCUUGUAUGGAACAUUGGAGACUCUGGACAGUACCCUCUACGAGAGAAGCUGGUGUUCAGAAGAACAGCCUGUGCUACUUUUUGAUAUUUAGAAAUAAUCAAGGAAUCCUUCACCCUUAAAAUGUGUUUAUUUCCAGACAAUUCCUAAUCUAACUGGUAUAACACUUAUUCCAGUUGAUGUAAGGUCAUAAGGCAGGACUCUUUUUCAGUGAUUUAAUUUGUCUGUUCAUCUUGUAGGCAAUUCUAUUUUUUUAAUUAAAUUUACUUUUUGGGUUUUUUUGACCAGG